AGAUAAUUCAUUCGUCACUUAAAACACAAAUUGCAAAUAAUAUUUUAAAUGAAGCAUCAAAUGUAGAUAGUACUGCUUUAUCCCAAUUACCAAUUUUAAUUGUAGAUAUACCAAAUAUAGAUAUCACUUAG